UGGCGGCCAAGCUUUACUAUGGAACAAAGAAGUCAAGCGAACACGGUUGGAUUGGACGACACAUACGAAGUACAGUGUAUUAUGCAGCGAACAUUUCGAAAGAUCAUGUUUCGAAGAGGGUCCCUUGCGAAUGGCAGAAAUGGGAAUCAGCACUCGUCGACUCGUGCUGAAGAAAGGUGCGAAGCCAACUAUUUUCGAUAGACCACGGACAAGUCCGGAGCACCCGACCCCCUCCACAAGCGGACAGACUGGGCACAUGAGGUCUGCAUUUGCCAAAAGGGAAAGGAAGAGGACAAUAGAUCAGAUCAUGGACAGUACGACUACGGCAUCAGUGGCGGAUGCGGUGGAUGAACCAAUGGCAAUGGCACUAGAUUUGCCUGAUGAGGAGGGCGAUCAAGAUCAGGGAAAUACAAGAGAACAAGGAUGCCAGACGGACUGGGUACCGAUUGGGACAGCACCAACAGCAAUGACCAGUAGCAAGAGCACCCAAACAGGGAAAAUACAUCAUAGAUCAAAGGGACACCAGGUGACCCCAGAUAUCCUCGAGAGGGUUAGAGCUCGGCCGGCCAGGGUUAGUGAAGUCCCAUUGUCAAGUGUAGCAGCUCCAUCUGACAGCCCCGAGAUGCAGACUAACAUAGCAGCUCCAGGUGUGUCUGGAAUGCAAGCCAAGCUACGACCACCUCCUGCAUUGUUUGAUGAAGGACCAGCAUCAAGUCCCACUGCGCCUUUUGUUGGUGGUUCUUCCGAUGACAGCUAUGUGCCGAGUGAGUCAACGACAUCGGAUCCGUGUCAAUCUGACGGGUCGCCAGAUCGCCCAUGUACUCACCAGAUGCGUGAAGAGGGCUGCCACAAGGAACCGAAGUACAUCAUCUUUGAGUCGUGCCUCCAGAGUCUCGUCAAGUGGUGUCACUGUCCAGUCUGUGGCAGCCAGGACAUAAGCCCUUCUUGGGAUUCGAACGGUACACAGCUGACCAUGACUCUUCAAUGUGCAUCAUGUGACCAGAGGAGUAGUUGGAGCAGCCAGCCAAACAUUGGCCCUUAUGCCGCGGGCAACAUCCUGCUGUCUGCUGGCAUCCUCUUCGCUGGGGCAUCUUCUGGCAAGGUGUUGCAAGUGCUGAACAGCAUCGGAGUGGUCACGUAUGUGAAGAGGACAUUUUUCAACCACCAGGAGCUCAUCCUGCAGCCAGCCAUCAAAAAGGUGUGGGAGGAACAGCAACGGACGCACCUCACCAUGCUGCAGGUGGAAGGCCGACCCCUCGUCCUUGGUGGUGAUGGGCGAGCAGACAGUCCGGGACACAGCGCCAAGUUCGGUACCUACACCACAAUGGAGCUUGUGGCCAAUGUGGUUCUCGACCUUCAGGUUGUACAGAGCAACGAAUGUCUUGGCAGCUACCAUAUGGAGAUGGAAGGACUGAAGAGGAUGGUGGAACUGCUGAUCAGCUGGGACCUGGAUGUCGGGGUGCUGGUGACAGACCGACACAGACAGAUCGCUAAAUGGAUUCGUGAAAACAUGCCCAAUACACGGCACUGCUAUGACAUCUGGCAUGUUGCAAAAUCCAUCGGAAAGAAACUGAAGGCCAUCGCCAAGCAUAAGGACUGUGAAGACCUGAAGCCCUGGGUGCAAAGUAUAAUCAACCACCUCUACUGGGCAGCAGUGUCUACACCGCCUGGAGAGGGGGAACUUCUGGUUGCCAAGUGGAAGUCUGUGGAGCGACACAUUCAGAACAUCCACAAGGACCAUGGCGACCUCUUCCCAAUUUGUACUCAUGGACAACUGCAACGGCAAAAGAAAUGGCUCAAACAAAGUUCACGCUCAGCAGUGAAACUGGAGGAGGUGGUCAACAACAAGUCCCUGCUAAAAGAUAUCGCCAUGCUGUCGGGUGAACACCAGACUUCCAAGGUGGAGGCGUUCCAUAGCCUUAUCAUACAGUUCGCACCGAAAAUGUAUGUCUUCUCAUACAUCGGAAUGCUGUGCAGGAACCUGCUUGCUGGGCUGCACUGGAACGAAAAUUCGAGCCGCCCUAUAGCCACUACACAAGCGGGUGCUGAGCGCUAUGCAGUACGCUACCCGAAGUAUAAAGCAGGGGGCCAUGUGGUCAAGAAAAUCGCGACAGAGCCAACAUACCGCUACGUAGAUGACUUGAUCAGGGAGGUUGUUGCUGGCUGCAGAAAGACCCCUGACGAGAGAACACCACUCAGCGUCACUGUGGAUGUGCCUCCCUUCCUCUGCGAUGAACUGGAGAAGCCAGACAAGGAGGAAGCCAUCGCCAAGCACAGGAGUCGCUUCGGUAAGUGUGAAAUGCCCUCCCGGUAACAGUUAGAGAUGCUACCUCAGUAGAAGCAUUUAAGUCCCAUCUUAAAACUCAUUUGUAUACUCUAGCCUUUAAAUAGACCCCCUUUUUAGACCAGUUGAUCUGCCGUUUCUUUUCUUUUCUCCUCUGCCCCCCCCCCCCACGUGGAGGGGUUAUUCCGGUGACCAUGGAUAAAGUGCUGGCUGUCCAGAGUUGGGACCCGGGGUAUACCGCUCGCCUGUGCAUCGGUUGGGGACAUCUGCGCUGCUGACCCGUCUCCGCUCGGGGUGGCCUCCUGCUGGCUCCACUGGACCCUCACUAAUAUGUUAGACCCACUCGACAUCCAUUGCUUUCGGUCUCCCCUAGAGGGGGGGGGUUACCCACAUAUGCGGUCCUCUCCAAGGUUUCUCAUAGUCAUUCACAUCGACGUCCUACUGGGGUGAGUUUUCCUUGCCCGUGUGUGGGCUCUGUACCGAGGAUGUCGUUGUGGCUUGUGCGGCCCUUUGAGACAUUUGUGAUUUAGUGCUAUAUAAAUAAACAUUGAUUGAUUGAC